AAAAUUAGAAACGAAUUAUCAGCAAACUAUCAAAAUCAAUAAGUUCAUCAUAUAUACAGUAUUAUUUUUUUGCAGAAAAUGUCUCUGAUACCAAGCUUCUUUGGCAAUGGCCGCCGGAGCAACGUGUUCGAUCCAUUUUCAUUGGAUGUUUGGGACCCAUUUCAGGGCUUCCCAUUCUCCUCCUCCGGAGAAACAACCGCAGUGGCAAACGCUAGGAUCGACUGGAAAGAGACGCCGGAGGCACACUUGUUCAAGGUUGAUGUUCCGGGAUUGAAGAAAGAUGAAGUGAAGGUUGAGGUUGAGGAUGGCAGUAUUCUUCAGAUCAGCGGAGAGAGAAGCAAGGAGAAAGAGGAGAAGAACGACAAGUGGCACCGCAUCGAGAGGAGCUCCGGCAAGUUCAUCCGACGAUUCAGGCUGCCGGAGAAUGCUAAAUUGGAGGAGGUGAAGGCGGCGAUGGAGAAUGGGGUGCUGACUGUGACUGUGCCCAAAGAGGAGGUGAAAAAACCUGAGGUCAAGGCCAUUGACAUCUCUGGUUAACUUUGAAUUUUGUAUUUCAGCAAGUUUUGGUUUGGUUUGUGUGGUUGUAAUGAAUAAUGAAUAAUCUUGUUUUGUUGUCAAGUGAAAUAUCAUCAUCAUCAUGUAUAACAAUAGCUAUUGAAUAAGAAAUCUACGGUUGUCUUUUACAUUCAUGC